GACAGUGUUAUAGCCGACGGCUAAAGUGUCAGUUGAACUCACCUUUGCAGGAGAAUUUUUAUCAUUGUAAUUUUUUUAAACUAUCCGGAGGAACCUUAGUCCGAACGGUUUCAGCGUCACUGGAAACAUUCUGUUCCUAAGCGACGGUGGUUUGAAUCGACAACGGAUUUGACAUUGUUUCUGACGUCGAAAUAUAAGGGAAGCAAUUACACAUGUUCCAUGCAUGGUUCUUCUAUUGAGUUUCGUUGUGCACGUUUGCUUCUAUAUUGUAGGAGUGAAUUAAUUAAUGUGUUUCUGUAGUUUGUUCAUUCUUUAUUGAUUCGAUGGGCAGUUUCUUUUAUUUAUGGAAAACUAUUGUAGUAUUUUGAUAUGGUUUGUGCUUGAAAGUGAAGUGUAAAUUCCUGUCACAGAUUGCUUCUAAAGUUAUCGUUGUUUCUUGUUAAUUUGGUUCACGUGUUUUUGUGAUAAGUCAUUUUUGGACAGGACUGUGAUUGAAACGUUUUACUUCUGUUUCAUAUAUUGGGCAAUAGGAUGCGUAUCUCAGAAAUAUUGUUUCAAAAAGCCAUCUCCUGGUUUCGUAAAAAAAUUCGUCCUUUCCACUCUCAAUUUGACUACAAGCGGGAAGUGUUCUGAAGCUCGCGAAGAUUUCUGCACGAUCGUCAACUCCAAGUCAGUCAACGAAAUUAUUUUAUUUAUAUUUAUUCUUUUAUUUUCACCGUAGUUUAUUGUCCCAAAUACGUUUUUUUUGUCUUUUUGUGAUGUGUUGAUGUGCCUACAUUAUAUUAGUGUUUAAACACAUAACACGAAUGCAAUAUAUAUAUACAAAACGAUGUACAAAGUAUUAACUUUUUCAUACUGGGUAAUGUGAUUGCUUCCUCGUUUAUUCGUUUUGUUUCCGAAGAAUGGCGUACAGUCACGGAAGCGAAUGUCUUUGAAAUCGAUAGUACACAGGUCGGUGCCCUCACAAAACACUAGUACUCCCUGCCUACAUGCCUGUUUGUUUUAAAGUUGAUCACGUCAUACAUGCGGCACAUCAUGCAAAUUAUAUUGUCAGAAAACGAGUUAAAACUGUUUAAAAUUCAUAUCGGACAUCUGUUCUUUUAAAAAUAUUAAGUAGCUGCAAUUUUAUGAUUGCGUGCAGUAACAUGCGAUAUUCAUAACUUUAAAUACGAGUGUGUAUCACAAUUUUUUUUAAUGUUGUAAAUGGAUUUUGUUUUCGUGUUUAAAACGUGAAUAUUUUAAGGGCAUAGCUGCGCUCUUAGUAGAAGUAUGAAUACUUUCAUGCAGAACAGAUCUAUAUUUGGGGUCACAAACUUUAUUGGAAUUUGAAGCUAUUUUAAGAGAACUUUAAAUAGGAUUAUUGAACAAAUUCUUUUCAGGUGAUUUGUGCAACCAGAGAAAGGUUUUUGGGAUUUCGAUUCCGACAAAUUUCGGUAUAGUAGUAACCUAUGUUGUUAAUCUCGAGACUAGUUGUAAUGCACGUUGUUUACGAAAAAUAAUUUAUAACUUUGUAGUGUAAGAUAGAUUAUUUUGUUUUAAAUUUUGCUUUUUAUAACGUUUUAGUUUGCAAUUUUUAGGAUUCAUUGAACCACUGAGCUUCCUGUAUUUCAAAUACAUAACUCAGGUUUCAGAACCGUAAGAAUCAUAUCUGAAUGCAUGGAGGGAGUUUCUGAACACAUCUUCGGAACCGCUACCUGCAUUUAAGAGGAAAUUAACAUCCCCACGAAAAAAGGUGAAUAAUUCUGCUUUCUUAAUUCGGGAGAGAAUAUCGAUUAUUGCCUUACAGACUCAUUGUCUUGUUACCGUGUUUAGUAUUAGGAACUUAAACAUUUCGAGAUUGGACACAGUACUCUAGAACGUUCCAUAGGUGCACUUGACAAAAGACUGUCGACUAAAGGAAUUUUGAAGGCGAUUUGUGCAGUGCUGACCAAAAACACUAAUUACGUCGAUAUAAUGGUAAUACUGAUUAAACUGAAAUGAUAUUGAAAACGGGAUAGCCAACUGUGACAAAAUAGUGGUAGCAAUGAAUUAGCCGUUUGACAAAGAAGAAUCCUUGUUAAAAACGUGGCUAGUCGGGAGUUUAUAUACCGCACCAGUAUGCGGGAGCAAGUCUCUAGGUGGCUCUGCUGUGGUAGCGGUAUUGUUAACAACUUCGAUGUUGUCGAUGUGAGUGCUUCUCCGCCGCCGUGUUAUGGACGCUCUGGAGGAACUACUGGGGGACCAAGCCAGGGGAUGUUGGUCACUCCCCCUUCAAACCACAAACUAUGUAAGCACAACUAGAAGCAGCACCGAUGGUGAUGGUGCCAUCGAUAAAUCUACAACGUCCAUACCUUCGACGUCGGUGUCACCACCACCGCCCCCACCAUCAGAUGUCUCAGCUGACAGCACAACACCACCUCCUGAAGGAGCACUGUUACCAAAUGACAAAAGAUCUGCUAAUUCUAUACGAGCGCAAAUUGAGAUCAUUCCGUGUAAAGUGUGCGGGGACAAAAGUAGCGGUGUCCACUAUGGAGUGAUCACAUGCGAGGGCUGCAAGGGCUUCUUCAGGCGAUCCCAGAGCUCUGUGGUCAACUACCAGUGCCCUCGCAACAAGAACUGCGUCGUAGACCGAGUGAACCGCAACAGGUGUCAGUACUGUCGCCUACAGAAAUGUCUGCGCCUCGGCAUGUCCAGAGAUGCGGUGAAGUUUGGCCGGAUGUCGAAGAAGCAACGAGAGAAAGUGGAGGAUGAGGUUCGGUUCCACAGAGCACAGUUACGAGCACAGACAGAAACUGCACCUGACAGUUCCGUCUUUGACACGCAAACACCUUCAUCGUCUGACCAACUGCAGCCCAACUACAAUGGCGGCUACACAUACAACAGUGACCUGGGCAGCUACACCCCUGCAACGCAUGGCUAUACCUACGCCACAACACCGGUACAAACGCCUCACCAGCAGAUGGCAUAUGACAUCAGUGCUGACUACGUGGACAGCACAACGACGUACGAUCCUCGGCCUGGUCCUGGAUUGGACACCCUUUCCGCUGACAGUGCCAUUAUGGCUAAUGUUGUCACAACAGGUAGUGGAAACAAAGCUAAUUCUCUGAGUCUUCUUGGUCAAGACCAACAGCAGCAACAGCAGUCAAGGCCCGGCAUGAAUCAGCGAUUAGGAGGGGGCAGUGGUGGUGGUGGUGGUACCGGUGCAAAUAGUGGUGGUGGCUUGGUGGCGGUAAAACAGGAAGUAGCAACUGCAGGAGGAGGAAAUGGAAAUUCAUCUGUUGAAAAUAUGGUGGCGGGCUUUGUAGAUAGCACGACAUUCCUCGCUGCUUCUCCACCCCCCAGCAGCACAGUUGGGGCAGCACAACAGAGGCAACAUCUUCCUGGACUCCCACCCUCCCUUCCACCCCUUCGACAAACGACGGAGGAAUCUACCGAGGGUGUACCAGGCACCACCGUCCAUCCCAAUCCAGCACAGAUAUCGGAGCUGUUGAGCAAGACGAUCGCGGAUGCACACGCAAGAACGUGUCUCUUCACCACAGAGCACAUACACGAGAUGUUUCGCAAGCCACAGGAUCUUUCAAAACUCAUUUACUACAAGAAUAUGGCACACGAGGAGCUGUGGCUGGAAUGUGCCCAGAAGCUGACUACAGUCAUCCAGCAGAUCAUCGAGUUUGCCAAGAUGGUGCCGGGUUUCAUGAAACUGUCGCAAGACGAUCAGAUUGUCUUACUUAAAGCAGGGAGCUUUGAAUUGGCUGUCCUACGGAUGAGCCGGUACUUUGAUCUCAGCCAGAAUUGUGUGCUGUAUGCUGAUACGAUGCUUCCGCAAGACGCAUUCUUCACUACGGAGACAGCGGAGAUGAAGCUUGUUACGUGUGUGUUUGAAUUUGCGAAGGGCGUCUCAGAGCUGAAACUCACUGAAACUGAACUUGCCCUUUAUUCAGCCUGUGUACUGCUGUCUGCAGAUCGGCCAGGACUAAAAGGGCUUGCCGAGAUUGGCCGACUUAGUCAAGCUGUUCUCAGAGCACUUCGAUUAGAGCUAGAGAGAAACCAUUCAGUACCCAUCAAAGGAGAUGUGACAGUGUAUGAUGCCUUGCUUGCCAAGGUUCCAACACUCAGAGAACUGAGCAUGCUCCACAUGGAUGCUCUAGCCAAGUUUAAGCGGUCAACACCACAUCUUGAGUUCCCAGCUUUGCACAAGGAGCUUUUCUCUGUUGACAGCUGAGUGGAGCAUCAGUUAGCUGCCAGCCCAGCACUCAGCAAUUGGACCUGUGACGUUGAGGACUGAGGAAUCACCUACAUUGGAGUUGUGAAGAGUUCAGUUGUUGUUUCUCUGUUAUCAGGCAAGAAACAACAGAGAGUUAAACUCUGUAUUGCAAACAAUGCAAGUGAGUGCAAGAGCAACAAUGGUAGUGAACCAGUGAACAUUCAACAGUUUUAAGUGUUCCAGGAAUGCAUAAAACUUUCUAAUAGUUUACAUUUCAAAUGAAAGGGAUUUAAAACAUUAGUUUUUCUCCCUUUAACAUAUUUAUAAUAAACAAAGAGAAACUGUCCAGAUAUGCUUAAAGAGAAAUAUGAAGUUAUAUCACAAACAACCUACGCUUCUUGAUGUAAAAAUGGAACAAAGCUCAUCACGUAAUAUAGGGUAGCCCAGAGAAAUACACUAGCUUUCAUAGGCCAGUAACUUUGUAAGAUGUAAUAUUAGAAUUUUGAUACUUGAAUGGAGACACUUGAGAUAAGCAUAAGUUUCUGUAAGAACAUGAAGACCAUCAGUGUUCCAAACAAAGAAAAACAAAACAAGAAACAAAAUAUAUAUACUCACCCUUGUGUUCUACUUUACGUUCUUAUUGAAGUCACUGUCUCUGUAAUCUCCAUUCAAAUUUAUCUGUCGUAAGCUUAUGCCAAAUUUGGAUUAACUUCUGUAUUAUAAAAUACACUACUUUUGAACAGUUCCACAGCGCUAAUUAUUUUCUUUGCAAUUUAACCAUUGCUUACAAAGUACAAGUGUAUAUGAAAUCUGAUCUAUUUCUUUGGGGAAGCCCCAUCUCAUGGACAUUUUCACCCCAUAAUCUGAUAAUGUUCUUUCUUGUACUUCAUGCUGCUUUCCCAGUGCGCAGGUAAAUGUUACAUGAAUAAUUCGCAUAUAUGAAGCAACAGUGAAAGAAGAAUUUCGAGAAUUAAUUAUGGUGGCGGAAUUUUUGUGUUUUUUUUAAUUUGCUGAUGGGGUAAACGGCAGAAUGGUGUGAAAGAAGAUAUAUACAUGUAUAUAAAUAUUUCUCUCUAUAGCUGUUUGAAUAAAAUUUUUCAGUAUAAAACACACAAAUUUUAGAAGAGAAAUGGGGGGUUAAGCUGAGGUUAAGGGAUAAUAUUGCCUUAUUACUAGGGACAGGAAGUUGUAGCAUGUAUUUACUGUGCAGAAAAAAAAUAAAUGUGACUGCUUAUAAUUUAGAUACAUUGAAAGGAACAGAUAGUGUGCUGGAUGAUAAUUAUGAUCCAAAUGAAUAAAUAUGUGAAAAAAGUA